CAUUUCUCUUGGGUUUGGAGUAGGAUUUCAUCGUUGCUAUCAUGACUCAAUGUGAUACUCACCAUUCGAGUGCUUGGGGUGUGUGACUUGAGUCACUUGGCCAUAUCAGUGCUGAGCUCCAAGAUGGGAAGCCAAUAAUAUGUGUUACGGGUCGUGACGUGAUUACCCUUUAAAGGCCAGCAGAUUUGCGUGUUCAAAUUUUAAUUUCUGUUCAAUUGGUCAAUAAUCAUCCUUCCGGCGGAACUGCUUUUGGGUAUUCAAUUCAACAAUGUUUGGUAAGUUUCCUAAGCUUGCAUGUCAUUUUCAUUAUUUAAUAUGCAUCAUUAUCAGUUCAACGACGGAGGGUGGGAGUCCCUUGCUUGGAUUUUGCAGCCUUGAAGCAUGCAAUUCGAGGACAUAAAAAAGGGACCCGAAAUUUUAACUUCCCAUAAAAUCGAGGCGCCAAACAACGAUGUUGAAGGUAAAGUGAAACGGAGGUCGGUAGCUACUCUCAUCUAGCUCCUAAUCGCACCGAUACUGACUGUAUCGCCGGUCUCGGGAAUCAUAGUUCACUCUGAAGAGCGAAGGACAAUGGCUUCCUCUGUCUCAUCUUCAGUUAGCAAGGAAGUCCCAGAAGUAGUUGACCAACUGGAAAAAAUCACUGCACCCUAUGGCUCAUGGAAGUCCCCAAUCACCGCUGAUGUUGUGUCCGGCGCCUCCAAGCGAAUCGGAGGUACUGCUGUUGAUGACUCUGGUCGCCUUAUCUGGCUUGAAUCACGGCCCUCUGAAUCUGGGCGCGAAGUUCUCGUCAAGGAGCCGGAGAAGCUGGGUGAAGAGCCUAUUGAUAUUACUCCAAAGGAGUUUUCAGUUCGGACCACUGCACAGGAGUACGGUGGUGGUGCUUUCAUGAUAUCUGGGGAUACUAUAGUCUUCUCCAAUUUCGAGGAUCAGAGACUAUAUAAGCAAUCCAUUAACCCCAGUAGUAGCCAUUCUUCUCCUCGACCCCUUACUCCAGAUUAUGGUGAACCGUUAGUCAGUUAUGCUGAUGGAGUGUUUGAUUUACGUUUCAAUCGUUAUAUUGCCGUACGGGAAGAUCGGCGCAAUAACAGCUCAAAUCCAACCACGACAAUUGUAUCUAUAGGACUCGAAGAGAAAGCUAUAGAAGAUCCGGAGGUACUUGUAGAGGGAAGUGACUUUUAUGCUUUUCCUCGAGUGGAUCCCAAAGGGAAACGGAUUGCAUGGAUCCAAUGGCAUCACCCUAACAUGCCAUGGGAUAAAUCAGAGCUCUGGGUUGGUUACCUUUCUGAAAAUGGCAAAAUCAACAAACGUGUCUGUGUUGCUGGUUGUGAUCCAGAGCUAGUGGAGUCACCUACUGAGCCUAAGUGGUCCUCUGAGGGAGAACUUUUUUUUGUUACCGAUAGGAAAAGUGGGUUCUGGAAUCUAUACAAAUGGUUCGAGGCAGAUAAUGAGGCGUCUCCAAUUUAUUCUUUGAAUGCGGAGUUUUCACGUCCACUAUGGGUUUUUGGCAUAAACUCUUAUGGUUUCUUACCUGGCCAUCAAGGAGAAAACUAUAUUCUCUGCAGCUAUAGGCAGCAUGGGAGGUCAUAUCUUGGAGUCGUGGGUGAUACACAAAGCUCGCCAUCUCUGCUUGAUAUUCCCUUUUCAGAUAUUGAUAAUAUUACAAUUGGGAAACAUUGUUUUUAUGUGGAGGGAGCGUCAGCCUUUCAUCCACCAUCAAUUGCUAGGGUUACUCUAGAAGAGAAAAACUUGAAAGUAGUUGAGUUCACCAUUAUUUGGUCAUCAUCGCCUGAUAUUUUGACGUAUAAGUCAUACUUCAGCAUUCCGAGGUUAAUUGAAUUUGCAACAGAAGUGCCUGGUGAAAAGGCUUAUGCCUAUUUUUAUCCACCAUUCAAUCCCCUUUACCAUUCUUGCGAGGACGAGAAGCCUCCAUUGUUGCUGGAAAGCCAUGGAGGCCCGACAGAUGAAUCACGUGGAAUAUUAAAUCUAAGAAUCCAGUAUUGGACUAGUCGAGGAUGGGCUUUUGUCAAUGUUAACUAUGGAGGAAGCUCUGGUUACGGGAGGGACUAUCGGGAAAGGCUUCUGAGGAAGUGGGGAAUUGUUGAUGUCAAUGACUGUUGCAGCUGUGCAAAAUAUUUGGUUGAUUCAGGAGCCGUUGAUGCAGAACGAUUAUGCAUUUCUGGGGAAUCUGCUGGGGGAUACACUACCCUAGCUGCUCUUGCUUUCAGAGAUACAUUCAAGGCAGGAGCUUCCUUGUAUGGUAUAGCUGACUUGCGCAUGUUGAGUGCAGACAUGCACAAAUUUGAAUCUCAUUAUAUUGAUAAUCUUGUCGGAGGUGAAAGAGAUUAUUAUGAAAGGUCGCCAAUUAAUUUUGUGGAAAAAUUCUAUUGUCCAAUAAUUUUAUUCCAGGGAUUGGAUGACAAAGUUGUGCCUCCUAUUCAAGCUCGUAAGAUCUACGAAGCAUUGAAAGAGAAGGGCAUGCCUGUUGCUUUAAUUGAAUACGAAGGAGAACAACACGGCUUUCGCAAGGCGGAGAAUAUAAAAUUUACGUUGGAACAACAAAUGCUGUUCUUUGCACGAUUGGUCGGACGCUUUGAAGUUGCUGAUUAGAUCAGUCCAAUCGAAUUUGACAACUUUGGUUAGUAUAAAUAAAAGUGCAUAUGACUCUUAUAGUCACCUCAUUUCCUUAAAAGCCUCCUCGAUCGGUUUUAACUGCAGUGUUAUGCUACUUCGUAAUGCGCUUUAUUAAAUAAAAAUACAAGUUGCUGCAGAAACAUCGUUUUUAAGUUCUGCAAAUAUAUGGCUGCCAUUAUCUUUU